CUGUUGCGUGGAUGGGACACUUUUUGCUUACGUGUUCAUCCGUCGUGCGGCACACGGCUCUGACACGGCUGUGCAAACACCUCUUUCCACUUUUUGGAUCAAUGCCUAGGAGUCAAGUUACUGAGCACAUGUUGGCUCCGUGUUUACCUUUGUGAGGACGGCCGGUCUGUGGGCAGCGGCUGACGGCUGUGCCCUUACAGCCCUUCUUGGUGGACUUUUCCAUGCAUGCCACGGGGCAGGAGCCAGACUGGCCGGCCCCACAGGCCUCGACUUGACCAGUGCCUGUGCCUCUGCAGAUCUCAGCAUGCCUUCAGAGACACCCCAGGCCAAAGAGCUUUCUGCAGGGUGCCCCCACAACUUGGGCAUGCACCCAGGGAAUGGAAGCCUGGAACAGAGGCCUUCCGGGGAGAAGGAGCAUGCAUGGAUCCGACCCGACACCCCGAGCAGGUGCACCUGGCAGCUGGGCACACCGGCCACCGCCUCCCCCCAUCACCACGCCACCCCGGAAAAAUCACCAAAAAUCCUGCCAGACAUCCUGAGAAAGAUCGGCAACACUCCCAUGGUCAGGAUCAACAAGAUUGGGAAGAACGCGGGCCUGAAGUGCGAGCUCCUGGCCAAGUGUGAGUUCUUCAACGCGGGCGGGAGCGUGAAGGACCGCAUCAGCCUGCGGAUGAUCGAGGACGCCGAGCGGGACGGGGCUCUGAAGCCUGGGGACACCAUCAUCGAGCCCACCUCCGGGAACACAGGGAUCGGGCUGGCGCUGGCCGCCGCGGUGAAAGGCUACCGUUGCAUCAUCGUCAUGCCGGAGAAGAUGAGCAUGGAGAAGGUGGACGUCCUGCGGGCCCUGGGUGCCGACAUCGUGAGGACGCCCACCAACGCCCGGUUCGACUCCCCGGAGUCCCACGUGGGCGUGGCGUGGAGGCUGAAGAACGAGAUCCCCAAUUCUCACAUCCUAGACCAGUACCGCAACGCCAGCAACCCCCUGACGCACUACGACAGCACGGCGGAGGAGAUCCUGCAGCAGUGUGAUGGGAAGCUGGACAUGCUGGUGGCUUCGGCCGGCACGGGGGGCACCAUCACAGGCAUUGCCAGGAAGCUCAAGGAGAAGUGUCCGGGGUGCACGAUCAUCGGCGUGGACCCCGAGGGCUCCAUCCUGGCCGAGCCUGAGGAGCUGAACCGGACAGAGGUGACAGGCUACGAGGUGGAGGGAAUCGGCUACGACUUCAUCCCCACGGUCCUGGACAGGAAGGUCGUGGACCGGUGGAUCAAGAGCAACGACACGGAGUCCUUCACCUUCUGCCGGAUGCUGAUGGCGCAGGAGGGGCUGCUGUGUGGCGGCAGCUCGGGCAGCGCCAUGGCCGCGGCCGUGAAGGCCGCCCGGGAGCUGCAGGAAGGCCAGCGCUGUGUGGUCAUCCUCCCUGACUCCGUGCGGAACUACAUGUCCAAGUUCUUGAGCGACAAGUGGAUGCUGCAGAAGGGCUUCCUGAAGGAGGAGCCUUCUGGAACCAGGCCCUGGUGGUGGCACCUGCAUGUCCAGGAGCUGAGCCUGCCGGCCCCGCUGACCGUGCUGCCCUCGGUCACCUGUGAGCACACCAUCGCCAUCCUGCGCGAGAAGGGCUUCGACCAGGCGCCGGUGGUCAGCGAGUCCGGGGCUAUCCUGGGCAUGGUGACCCUAGGGAACAUGCUGUCCUCCCUGCUCGCCGGAAAGGUGCAGCCGGCCGACCAAGUCUGCAAAGUUCUCUACAAGCAGUUCAAACCGAUCCGCCUGACGGACACGCUGGGCAUGCUCUCGCACGCGCUGGAGAUCGACCACUUCGCGCUGGUGGUACACGAGCAGAUCCAGUCACGGGACCAGGCCUGGUCAGGAGUGGUGGGGGGGCCUGCAGACCACAGCAGCGGCCAGGCCAGCCAGCGGCAGAUGGUGUUCGGGGUGGUCACUGCCAUCGACCUGCUGAGCUUCGUGGUGGCCAGGGAGCAGGACCAGCAUUGAGGUGCAGUUCAAUAGCUGAAAACCCACAACGCGGGAGCAAACGCGCAUUCAGGACGUCACGCUGUCUCCUCGUGUCUAAGUCCACAGCACCCUGGGGGAAGCAGUCCCUCCCCACCCGUCCCCGCCCGGCCUCCGGUCUCCCCCAGUGUGGGCUCUCACAUAAAUGCAAUCACACCAUCUGUGGCUCAGCCGUCUGUUCUCCUGGGGGAGGGGCCCUCGGUAUAGCCGGGAAAUCGUCCGUUGUGUGGAUGGACUGCGUUUUGUUUUUACAUCCCCCCGCUGACGGGUGAGAGAAUCUUCUCCAAUAGCGCGGUCCGGCGCAGCCCAGGGACACCGUGCCACACACGCACCCACACGCAUGCAAAAGCAGCUUUUGGUGACAUGAACUUUAUAAAAGCAAAACAUCCAUAAGGCAUGUUUCUAUUUUUAAUUUUUUUGCAUUGAUAAAUCAACUGCUUCACAAAAAUCCUUUUUAAAGACAACAAUCCAAGAAAACAUAUCGUUACAGUAUUCACAUUUUAUAAGAUUGUCAGCUUCAAGGACCGAACAGAACCAGAAAGACACUGUGGAGAUGGCCGCGGGCACACCGAGGGGAGGGCAGGGCAGCGGCCACCGGCGCGCCCCGGGCUGAGCCUGGAGCCCGGCUAAGGUCUCCACACACUGCAGGACUGGUCUACUUGGGUGACUCUCUGGAGUCCAAACAUGGAGCGCUGAACCGCCAACUGGAGCUCGCCACUGUGGGCAACUGGGUCUAGCUCUUCACUAGGGAGCCAAACAGCAGGCAGGACAACGGGCAGACUGUGGUCUCAAACACACUCAAAGGCUCUACCACAGGGGGAAGCUGGGGAAGCUGGGAUCAGACCUGACCGUGGAAAGGAGGCUGGAAGGGGACACACGUUCCGACCCACUCCCUGGCCGAGGGCUGGAAAACACGUGUUUUAAGGUGCAAACUUAGAACAAAUACAAUUGGCAGCAAUUUCAUGAGCCAGAAUGGCCAGCUAUGCACAAGCACCUCAGUAUUCAUGGAGGUCAGAGGAAACACAGCCAGGACCCAGUGUAGCUCUUGAUGAUUUUGUUUUUGUGAUAGUAUCUUGCUAUGUAGCCAAGGCUGGCCUUGAACUCAAGAUCUUAUGCUAUUCCUUGGAGUUUCACAAGAGAGAAUUCAGGGUUUAGGAACACAGGCCUGGUAUCUUGGCAGGGUGUUCAGGCCCCGGCCGGAACAGUGGGGUGCGGCCAGCACUCCUCGUGGACGCGGGCAUGCCACCCCCAGGUUUGACCAUGACUUCAGGGGUGGAGAGACGUGCUCUGCAUGCUGUGGAUGUGCGCCUGCGCUGCCGAAGAUGGGGGGGGGAAGGGCUGCCAGCCCCGCAGGUCCCAAGUGAAGAAUUCCCGCAGACGAGGCAUUAAAAGAGCUAACGUGAACUUUUAGACUUGUGCAGACUGACUUAAAUAUUAAAAACUAUAAAUAAGGAAUGCAAUGGCUGCUUUAAAAUGCUCCCCCGCAAAGAGCUGCAAAACAAGUUUUUCUUUUAAGUGAACCUCUGAAAUGGCCUGGUAGCAAAGUGAGCCCUCUGCGGUCUCCCCUGGGACUGACCUUGGUGAACAGACUUUUUGGGGAAAGAUACCAGUUCCAGAAAAAGCCCCGCACCAGCUAAUGAUGACCCCCGAUGUGACCCUGGUCCAGACCCAGUCGCUCCUGGGGAGUCGACGCGCAGCUGUCCCUGCUCAGCAGAGGGGCCUCGGGCCCUGGGGGACACAGACAUGGGGACCAAACCCACCUCCUGACCGGGUGGAAGAGGAGGGUUCUGGAAACUGGGACACCUGCUGAGAGCAGGGGACAGGAGCGCCUCUAGAGGGGCGCGGCUGGGGAGGGGCAGUUCAGUUCGUCGGGGGCCACACGGUCCCGGUCACUGCUGUCACGUGACACACGAA